AUGUCCGGCUAUUCUGGUUCACCAUUAGCAUCCGAGCUGAACCCCGAUGACCCAAACUACCUCAAGGCGAGGGCACAACUUUCGCAAUCUAUGCAACGCAAGGCGUCUAAUCCCCGCAGCCCAAUGACGCCCAAGACGACGACGAUCCAUGCUGGCUUUGGACCGCAACCCAUUCGGACCAGCGGGCUCGCUGACAAAUCCCCAUCCGGGCAAUGGAUGCCAACACCCGGCGGAAGCAUUCAGUCUUAUACAUCGGGCUUCUCCUCUCCUAUUCAGCAAGGUCUCGUCCCUAUCAAUGAGGUUAUGAUGAAAGGCGGCACUUCGAUGCCUGCAAAGCUCGGCGUUGCGCCCAAUGCAGUUUCCUCUCAGGAAAUGAAGAGGAAGAGGAGGCGGGAGUCCCACAACCUCGUUGAGCGUCGGGCCCGGAGAGCCGCCGGUGCCGGUAACAUCACCACAGGUCUUCCCCUCGAGGAAAAGGAUAAAGGCCCUAAUAAAGGGGAUAUCCUGAAUGGUGCCGUGAGCUGGACCCGUGAUCUUAUGUGGAUGCUUCACCUCAAACUUCAGCAACAAGAGGAACUGAUGAAUUGCAUUGCCGAGCUUGGUGGACAGUUCCCGUUUGAAUUAACGGAGGACGAAAAGCGCAUGCAGACAGAACUCAUGGAUGCUAUGUCGAAGAAUGAAGCCAUCCCCUUCAGCUACACUAGGACUGCCGGCUCUGGUCUUCGUGUUCCGCAGCACACGGACUACAGGGGCGCUCCUAUCGGCUCUAAUCGGGGCAAUGGCGACAAUUCAGUGAGCCCCGAUAAUGGCGGGCUUGGUGAUGUUGGCGACCCAUCGCAGUUUUGGCACGAUCCCGAGGAUGACCGCAGUGGGAACAACUCGAUCAAUUUCAAGGAGGAAGACGAGUACGACAUGGAUCUCACACAAUAA